GUAAUCCGAGACGGAGAGAACGUAUCAAUAUCGCGUUACGACCUUGUGGUGGGUGACGUGGUGCGACUCUCCAUAGGCGAUAUCCUUGAAGGCGAUGGGCUAUUCAUCCAGGGAUUUGAUGUUUCGACGGACGAGUCGGCGCUUACAGGUGAGCCAGUCGCCAUCCCCAAGUCGGUCGACGCACCGUGGAUCCUCUCUGGCACCAGCAUCCAGAACGGGCAAGGCACCUACCUCGUCCUCGCGGUCGGGGCGCAGUCUGAAAACGGUCGCAUUCAAUCGGUGAUCCGUGGGCACAAACGCUUUACUGCAAAUCCGACGCUUGAGGAAGAUAGCACAGAUGAUAGUAGAUAAGGCAACUACAACUUCAUUGUUGUUCUUGUUGUUGGGGAGGUUAUCGGAUGCACCAUCUUCAGUAGAGGACUUCACGCGGAUGUUUGUUGUUUUCCUAAAGUUCUAGCAUUACGACAAUUACUUGCAUGGUACGCUCUCUUCCCCAAAGAGACUCUUGGUAAUACUUAAUGGGAGCCACGAGAAGGUAACUGAAGGAGGCGGGCACCAAGUUGAGGCGCCAGCUCUAAUGUGCGAGCAAUCGGAACAAAGGAGCGGACCCAAGCGGAGUGCGUGGGAAGGCCGAGGGUGGUCUAAAAAGUGUUAGUGGAACAACGGGGAGCGAGACGCCGAGCAGGUCAGCAGGUGGCGGGGGCGAGGGUGCGGAUACACGAGACACUGCGGCUUCUGCUAGGUCUUCAGAGCAGCAAGCAGGUGUCACUGCGCCGUCGGGAGGAGACGGAGGUGCCGCUGUGGGAGCCAGCGAUCGCAGUGUUUGCGAAGCAGCGUCAGUACCGCAACAGGAGCACGCGGACGCCAGUUCGGUAAGUGAGUCGAAGACCAACGAGGCACGACAUGAGGAGGUACAGCACUUUGAGGAGGAGGAGGACAGUUUGCUCACUAAGAAGCUGAACGUCGCUGCCACGACAAUAGGUGUUAAAGAAUUACUACUUAGGUAGUUGGUCCAUCUCCAUCAACAUUUGGUUGAUUCUGAGGUGUUUUUCACUCUCUUCUUUGGUGCCACUUGAUAAUUCCGCAAUGGUUCUCUGGAAAUGCUGUACAGCUACCACAGUGGUAGAUUAUUAAUCAAGCCUAUGAUUGUGACUCAUCUUCUCCUAUUUUUGUUAGUUUCUUCUUUCAGUUUCAUCUAAGUAUAAACAUCAUGAGCUACUAUCUAAAAAUCAGGGAAAAUAGCAACUGCUGUGGCAUUAGUGGCUUUCGCCGCUAUGAUCCUUAGGUGGCUGGCGCGAAAAUGGGUGUUCGAUAGUUUGCCUGAUGAUAAAGAUCAUUUUGGCACCGAAUUCGUGCAGUGGUUGAUCACGACUGUAACCAUAAUAGUUGUCGCGGUGCCGGAGGGUUUGCCGCUUGCAGUGACACUAGCACUUUCGCUCUCCGUACACAAGAUUAAGGCGAAAAUUUGUGGAACAAGCCACGACUGUUCGUCGUGACAUUAUUUCGUGUUUCUCAAGGACAAGAAGAGCAUACUCUGCUUUCGUUCUUUUCAAAAGCUGCUAAGAAGAUGCAAAAAGACGCUUGCCUGGUAAAGCACCUUGACGCAACGGAAACUAUGGGCUCAGCAACAUCGAUUUGCACAGACAAAACCGGCGCGCUCACACAGAAUCGCAUGAC